AUGUGUUCUUCAUCUAAGGGAUUGUUAAACUCAAACUUGGAUUCCGUUCUUCUUAAAUCUGGCAUCGGCGGCAUGUCUGGAACAGGGGAUUUGGAAUCGAAUGCGUCCGCUGCUUUUGAGAAGGUUCAGACAUGUGAAGCAACUCGUGAUGCUACCGAGCCCUCAAACACAAGAAAGCCCUCAAAGACAAGAAAGCCCUCAAACACAAGAAAGCCCUUAACAGUCAAAGAUGUUAUGUUAGAGAGAUUACCGUCUAAGAAUGAUCUCCAAAAGGGUGAUAUGUCAUUCAGGGGUGGUAAUUACAGGAGUUAUGCUAGUGUUGUUUCUGCACCUCUUCUUCCAUCCGGCUCCUUGGAAAAUCACAUAAAUCGGAUAAAACUCAAUUUAAGUGGACAAAGUGUGAAAGAUGGAAUUUAUUAUCUGAAAAAGCACCUUAUAUUUGGUGUAUAUUGUGGAACUCUGGGGCAUCUCCAUGUCAACACAGGACAUGACGGGUCGGAUCUAAAACAAGCGGUUACGGAUCUCUUAGAUGAUGAAGGUAUCAAGUGGGACCAGGAAAAAGACCCAGGAUGUGUCCUAAUCACAUUCGAUCGGGAGAAGAAAGAGUUGAAAUUCAAUAAAGGUGGUAGAAAUUCCGGUUGCUUUAUUUCGAUCGAUUGACAUUUCAAUGUGGUAUAAUAAUGAAACAAAUAUGAAGGUGUUUGCUUAUUUGAAGGAACUUGUGUUUAUGCUCUAUACAAGUGUAGUGUUUGUUAGCUUAUGUGGUAUUAAAACUUAAGUAUGCCCAUUACAUUAUGCAGUACCAAAACAUACUACAUUGAUUACUUUCUCUAAAAAUUAUUUUUAUAGUUUUUAUUAAAAAAUAUGACACAUGAAGAGAGAGGGAUAGAAAGAUAACCAUUUCCAUGGUUUAUGAUGGAGUCGGAAGAGAGAAAAACUUUGAUUUAUUUCAUUUAACUACUAGGGAAAAUCUUUUUCUUUUUCUGGCUUUCACCCAAAAAUGACAAACCCUUCAAUUUGUUUUCUAAUCAAGUGUCAAAUGCAAGCAAUAGCAGUUAGCAGAUUACUUUUAUUUAUUUCUAUAUUUUAGCAUAUUCCUUC